AUGUCCAUGGAGCUGCUCAAUGAGGUGGAGAGGUUGGACGAAUUAGUGCGGAACACAACGGCCACCUAUAAAGGCCAAAUUGUCCACUUCAGUGAUCUUCACAAGGUCGAUAUCAACUAUAUAUUCCACUGGUACAAGCAUGCUUACUUCUGGUCGCACAUUAUUUCCGACGUCAAUUUGUCGUUCCCAAUCGGGCGAGCGAUGGGGCACAAAUUCUUCAUAGGCAGUCAUUUCUUCGGCGUCAACAAGCACAAAGAGUCUGAGGUUGGUCCAGCUCAUCUGUUGUGA